AAGAAAGAAAAAAGUCCAGUCAAGUGCGCACCACAGGGAAUCGGGGGAUGCUACUGCGCUCUGAAUUUGCAACCAUUUUAAGGAUAUUUGAACUCAAGACACUUUUCUUCAAGGGUUGGACUUGCAACAGUUUGGAGCUAUCCAUGACUGACUGACCCAGAGAAGACUCAAGGGACAAACCAUGGAUCAAAAUCUGUUCGGAGGGGCCCCCAGGUUCCUCACCCGGCCCAAAGCAUUCUCUGUGUGUGUCGGCAAGGAUGCAACGUUAAGCUGCACAAUUGUUGGCACCCCAUCCCCGCUUAUCACAUGGGAAAAAGAGAAGCUAAAGCUAUCAUCCGGUGGACGCUUCAAGACCGUGGAGGACGGGGAUGUGUACCGUCUGACCAUCUAUGACUUAGCGCUCGAAGACAGCGGUCAAUAUCUUUGCAGGGCAAAAAACAGCGUUGGGGAGGCUUACGCUGCCGUGACCCUCAAAGUGGCCCUUCCUACCGAGAUAACUCCCAGGGCCCCUGUUUUCAUGCUCAAGCCCACCUCUGCUCGCGUGGGUUUAGGUGGCGAUGCUGUAUUUCACUGCAGAGUGGUCGCUCACCCCGAGGCCAAUUUUGACUGGGAGAAGGAUGGCCGUUACCUGGGCGAAUCCAACCGCAUCAAGAUCUUUUCAGACAGCGACAGCAGCAGCCUAAAGAUUCAGAGUGUGCGCAACCUGGACAGUGGCUCGUACACUUGCAGGGCCCAGAACACCUUGGGAAGGGCACAUGCCACCGCCGCGCUUGUGGUGGACGCCCAGGAUGCCCACCUGCUUGCUUCAGAAAACCACACCUCCCUCCUCUCUCACCUCCAGAAGCGUAAAGAAGAAAUGAAGAAGGACAUAUCUGUCUUUCGCACAGAGGAAAGUGCUGUACCAGACAAAAUCACUGACAGUUUGAGCUCAUUGAGCCUGGAGCAUGAGGUGAGGUCGUCGAUGCUGGCGCAGCUGCCCAAGGGCGUGUUCACCCGUACCUGCACCGUGACGGAGGGCAAGCACGCCAAACUCAGCUGCUUUGUGACGGGUCACCCUAAACCCCACAUCAUUUGGAGGAAGGACGGAGUAAAUAUUGGCGAGGGCCGCCGUCAUGUCAUAUACGAAGAUCAUGCCGAGAACUUCAUCCUCAAAAUCCUGUACUGCAAGCAGACGGACAACGGUUUCUACACCUGCAAUGCCACCAAUAUGGCUGGUCAAACCUACAGUGCUGUGCUGGUAACAGUCAAGGAGCCAAAGGUGCCAUUCAGGAGAAAGCUUCAAGAUGUGGAAGUCCAAGAGAAAGCAUCGGCUACACUGAUGUGCGAGGUGCCGCUGACUGGUAGCAAGACUGACUGGUUUAUGGAGGAAACUCGUCUGGAGCAAAACACCAAGUAUCGCAUGGAGGAACAAGGCACCCUACGUCGCCUAACUAUACACAAUGUGACCACCAACGACGAUGGUGUUUACAUCUGCGAGAUGAAGGAGGGCAGCCGCACAGUCGGCGAGCUCACCGUCUUGGGCAACAUCACGAAGAAGCUUCCUCGGAGGACUGUAGUUCCCGUCAGUGACACAGUCAUCUUUUGUGUGGAGCUGGAAAAACCCUGUCCUGAUGCAUACUGGACUCGCAACGGCGAAAAACUAAAGGCGGAUUCCCGAAUUUCAAUGGCUUGCCUUGUCCGACAGUACAUGCUCACCAUUCGAGAGUGUCAGGCAGAUGACUCGGGAGAAGUGGCCUUUGUGGCUGGAGACUGCAAGACAUCCACUCGGUUCUCCGUCACUGCGGCAAGGAAGCAUCCUCCUGAUCCCCCAGUUGAUGCUUUGGUGCAGAACAAGACUGACUCAUCCAUCACACUUCAGUGGUCUCCUCCCGAUAGUGACCGACCCGUGCCCAUCAAGGGAUACAUUGUGGAGAGGAGGAAGGUUGGCUCUCAGACCUGGCAGCGGUGCAACACCGGAGAAACGAUUCUAUCAACAGAAAUCACAAUCUGUAACUUCACAGAGGAAGCCACUUUCCAAUUCCGUAUAUCUGCCACCAAUGACUUUGGUCAGAGUGACUACUUGGAGGUGCCUGGAAGCUUCUACCUUGAACCCACUGCAGAAAUCCGGAAAGGCCUUGUGGACAGCACCGCAGUUUCCGGCGAAGAGUUUUCCAUUUCGGUGGAACUGUCGGCUGUUUGCUCAGGCUUCUGGUCCCUAAAUGGCCGGAUGCUGCGCAGUGGCGGCGACUACCUCAUCACUCGCUCCAAGAAUGUACACACACUGCUUUUCCGAGAGGUUCUCUUGGACAUGAAUGGAGCGGAAAUCAAGUUUGUGGGUGGAGGCUCACAAAGCAGUUGUGUCUUAGCUGUCAAGGCACCACCUGUCCGGUUUAUCAAUAAGUCAGGUCAGCAAGAGGUGGUGAGCUGCAGCGCCCAAGACACUGCUCAGAUGACAGCUGAGGUGUCAGAUUAUGAUGCGCAGGUGGUUUGGAUGAGAAAUGGCCGUGAAAUUAAAAUGGGCAAGAAGUAUGAAUAUGUGACCAUGGAUCGCAGGAGAAUUCUGAGGGUACACAACGUUACAGAGGAAGACGUGGGAAUCUAUGAGUGUGUUUGUGCUGAUGAUAAAAUGUCCAUUCAGCUGUCUCUUAAAGAUGAACCUGCCAAGUUUCUAAAUAAGCCCAGAGGUCCCAUGGGUCUGUUGUCUUCACUCAAAGGAGAUCUCGAGCUGAGCUGUGAGGUUUCUCCCGCCAGCACGUCAGUUGUAUGGCGAAAAGACCAGAUGGAGAUCUUCGAGGACCAAAGAACGACUAUCAUCUCCAAAGGGACCCAAAGGAAACUUACCAUCAAAAAUGCAAAAAAAAGUGAUGAGGGUCAUUACUCCUGCGAGACAGCCACUGAUAAAGUCACAUUCCAGGUCAAGAUUAAAGAAACUCAAGCCCAGCCUGCCUUCUCCAACAAGGAGUCAGUACAGAGGGAAGUGAAAGUGGCUCUUUACCAAAACGCCACUCUUAGUUGCACCGUGUCAGACAGCAAAACAGAGGUGAAAUGGUACAAAGACGGAAAGCUGCUCAUAUCCAGUCGGAACAUUUACACUGAGGUCAAAGGCAAUAACCGUCAACUGGUGAUCGAAAAAGUGGAGAGGAGUGAUGCUGGAGAGUACACCUGUGAGGCUGACGGAGAAAAGUUGGUGUUUAAAAUAACUGUCCAAGAUUCCCAGGUGGCCAUCUUUAACAAAGAAACAAUCCAAGCGGAAGUGAAGGCCACUCUGUCCAAGAGAGCCACUUUGACCUGUGAAGUAUUUGAUUCCAACAGGGAGGUGAAAUGGUACAAGGACGGGAAACUGCUAGUCUCUAGUAAGACAUUACAUGCUGAGACAAAGGGUAAGAGUCGACAGCUUGUGAUCGACUGUGUGGAGAGGAAGGAUGCUGGGGAGUACAUCUGUGAAGCUGGGACAGAGAAACUGGUCUUCAAACUCCACGUGACUGAGCCCCCACCAGCCUUCAUCAACAAAGAGUCUGUUCAAAAAGAGGUGAAAGCCAUGCUGUCCGAAAAAGCCACUUUGGGCUGUGAGGUAGCUGACUCCAUCACAGAUGUGAAAUGGUACAAGAACGGGAAGCUUCUGGUCAGUAGCAAGACACUACAUGCAGAGUCCAGGGGGAAGAGUCGCCAGCUGGUGAUCGACAGUGUGGAGAAAAAGGAUGCUGGAGAGUACAUUUGUGAAGCUGGGGCAGAAAAGCUGAUCUUUAAGAUACACGUCACUGAGCCUCUGCCAGCCUUCGCCAACAAAGAAUCUGUCCAGAAGGAAGUGAAAGCAAUGCUAUCCCAAAAAGCCACUUUGAGCUGUGAGGUAUCUGACUUGAAAACAGUGGUGAAAUGGUACAAGGACGGGAAGCUUCUGGUCAGUAGCAAGACAAUUCGAGCAGAGUCCAAAGGGAAGAGUCGGCAGCUGGUGAUCGACAGUGUUGAGAAGAAAGAUGCUGGGGAAUACAUCUGUGAAGCCGGUGCUGAGAAGCUGAUGUUCAAACUCCUGGUGGCAGAUGGUCAAACAAAGUCAGGCUUCUCCAACAUUGACUCCAUUCAGGGAGAGCUGAUUUUCUCUGAAUCCGAGAGAGCUGUUUUGAGCUGUGAGGUAUUUGACAGCAACACAGAGGUGAAAUGGUACAAGGAUGGCAAACUGCUGGCCUCCAGUAAGACAAUACGUGCAGAGUCCAAAGGCAAGAGUCGCCUGCUGGUGUUUGAAAGUGUGGAGAUGAAGGACGCUGGCGAGUACAUCUGUGAAGCCGGAGGUGAAAAGCUGACAUGCAAGAUGAAGGUCACAGGGGUUCAACCCAAGUCAGCAUUCUUCAACAAGGAAUCUGUCACAAAAGAGGUGAAAGCUUCUGUCAGUCAGAAAGCCAUUCUGAGCUGUGAGAUGGUGGAUUUAAAGACUGAGGUCAAAUGGUACAAGGAUGGGAAACUGUUGUCUUCUAGUAAGAUGCUUCACAUAGAGUCAAAGGGAAAGAGUCGCCAGUUGGUGAUUGAUAGUUUGGUGAAAGAGGAUGCUGGGGAGUACACUUGUAUGGUUGGAACUGAGAAGCUGAUCUUCAGGAUACAUGUGGCAGAUGCCCCUACUGGUUUCUCUAACAAGGACUCUGUCCAAAAGGAGGUGACGGCUAUUUUUUCAAAGAAAGCCACUUUGUGCUGUGAGGUCACUGAUCCUAAAACUGAGGUGAAAUGGUACAAAGACGGCAAGUUACUCAUAUCCAGCGCGGCGGUCCGCAUAGAAACGAAAGGAAGGAGUCGGGAGCUGGUGAUUGAGAAAAUGGACAAAAAAAAUGUUGGGGAAUACACAUGCGAGACUAGAACAGACAAGCUGGUAUUCAAGCUUCAGAUGGCAGAUGUGCCUGCCAAGUUCCAGAAGAAGAUCAUCAAAGACACAUACAUCGUUCACGCCAGUGAGCACAUCGUUUUGACCAGUGAGCUGACAACGGAGAGCAUUAGCGGCAGCGUUAGGUGGUUUAAAGAUGGUGUGGAACUCAAAGAGGGCAGCAAAUACCAAAUGAAGAAAGACGGUGUCUCUCGCACGCUCAUUGUCACGUCCACCGAAUCCAAAGACAGCGGUGUAUACUCCUGUCAGACCACUGAUGACAAGGUGGAGUUUAAAGUCCAUGUCAAAGAACCAGAUUUAAAGUUUGUUGUCCCGAUUAAAGCCAUGACAGUCGAGCUGGGGAGCGCUUUAAAUCUGACGUGCGAGUUGAACCAAGCCGUGGGCGAUGUUCUAUGGCGAUGCAAUGGUUCUGAGGUUAAACCCGGAGGCAGGUUCUGCAUCAAGGCAGAAGGUGUGAGACGAAUCCUGACAGUGACUGGUGUAAUUAAGGAAGAUGAAGGCGAGUACAGUUGUGAAUGUAAAAAUGACAAGACUUCAGCCAAAGUUUCCUUAAUACCCCCCAGAUCAGUCAGGCUGACUUCCAAGCUCAGCAACGUGGCCGCAAUGGAGGGCAAAGAUGCUGUGUUCAAGUGCACCGUCACUCCAGCGGACGUCCACGUCAAAUGGUUCCACAACAAUGUUCCUGUCACUCAUGGUGACAAGUAUAAAAUUGAGCAUGGCGGCAACAGCCACUCGGUCACCGUCACCUCUGUCAACCAGUUGGACGCAGGGGAGAUCAGCGUGGACGCCGAAGGAAAAAGCUGCAAGGCGACGCUUCAAGUGCAACGUGAGCCGGUGACAUUCAAGAAGAAGCUAGAGAACCUGACGGUGCAGGAGCAAAGUGAGGUAAAGAUGGAAGUGGAGCUGAGCAAGCCGUCAGAUGAAGUGCACUGGAUGAAGAACAGCAUCAAGGUGCAGACUUCGGCGAAUGUGGAGGUCCGAGUCGAGGGAGCCAAACAGGUGCUUUUCUUCAAGAACGUCACUUGUGCUGACCGUGGCAUCUACUCAUGUGAAACCCUUGAUGACAGAACACAGGCCAAGCUCACUGUGGAGAUGAAGAAAGUGGAGUUGAUAAAAGGUCUCACUGAAACAAAGACUUACGAGACAGAAACGGUUAGUUUCGAGGUCGAGCUCAGCCAGGCUGAUGUCGAGGGCUUGUGGACCCGGGACGGCAUCAAGUUCAAGUCGGGGCCCAAUGUCCGUGUCUCAGCACUGGGAAAGAAGCACAGCCUUACCUUGUCGAAUCUUAUGAGAGAGGACGCAGGAAACAUCAGCUUCCAAGCGGAAGGCAUUCGGACUGCUUGCAAACUCAUUGUUACAGAACCUCCUGCCACAAUCUUAAAGCCUAUUGUGGAUAUCAGUGUUGCUGAGAAGGAGAGGGUCACUUUGGAGUGUGAAGUGUCCAGAACAAAUGCAGAUGUAAAGUGGUUGAAGGAUGAUGUUGAACUGAAACCAGGGAAGAAUUACGGAAUUCACUCUUUGGGACGAAAACGCACCUUAAUCAUCAACAAAUGCGGCCCCGAUGAUUCAGGCACUUACAUUUGUCGCACUGACGAUGACAACACUUGUGCCAAGAUCACUGUUCAUGCUAGAGAUGUUAAAAUUGUAAAGAAGCUGGAAGAUGUGGAGGUGAUGGAGAAGGAGAGCGCUGCAUUUGUCUGCGAGGUCUCACACGAUGAAGUGGAGUGCCAGUGGUACAAGGGAAGCACCAAGCUCAGAGUUAACGACAACGUCAAGAUGAGACAAGAAGGCAGGACCUAUGUGCUGUUAUUUAAAAGUGUGUCCCCAGCUGAUAUAGGUGAGAUUAAAUUUACAGCUGAGAAGGCCUCAUCAACUGCACAACUGAAGGUGAAAGAGCUGCCUGUCAAGUUUGUGAAAAAACUCCGAGAUAAGAUAGCCAUGUAUAAGCAUCGAGGCCACCUGGAGUGCCAAGUGUCCCGUGCAAGUGCCCAAGUCAAGUGGUUCAAAAACAAGACGGAGCUCAAACCCGGGAAGAAAUACGAGAUCAAAAGCGAGGAUGUGUACCGGAAGCUCACCAUCAACGAUGUGGAUGCUGCCGAUGAAGACACUUACACGUGUGAUGCCUCUGAUGACAAGACAUCCUGUAAACUGCUUGUAGAAGAGCAGUCCAUAAGCAUCGUGCGGGAGAUGAGUUCCGUUGAGGUAACGGAACCUUUUGCUGCGGUCUUCGAAGUUGAGAUCAGCGUGGAACUAGUGAAACCGCCCGUAUGGACUCUCAGCGGAGUCGCAGUGCAGGAGAGCGCAGAUGUUGAACUAGAGAAAGAGGGCACGAUGCAUCGCCUAACAUUCAAAAAGACCAAAGCUUCCAUGACAGGACCUGUGCAGUUCACAGCCGGCAAGAGCAAGUCUCUAGCACAGCUCACAGUCAAAGAGCGUCCCCUAGAGAUUGCAGAGCCUAUCAAAGAUGUGAAAGCCCAGGAAAAAAGCUCCGCCAUGCUCUCGUGUAAAUUCUCCAUCCCUCCAAAAGACAAGGUGCAGUGGUUUAAAGGCCAGGUAACUCUGGCUGCAUCAGACAAAUAUAACUUAAAGCAAGAUGCCACUAGGGCUCAACUCAAUAUUCAUAAUCUGACUGAAGAGGACAGUGGCGAGUACAGGUGUCAAUCCGGUCCUGCUACAACCAAGGGCAAUCUAAAAGUUGAAGUGCGUGAAAUCAAAUUCACCAAGCACCUGACUGACACAGAGGUGGAUGAAGAUAGCGACGCAGUGUUCACAUGCGAGGUCAACUAUGCUGACGAGGAGGCCGAGUGGCUGCUGAAUGAUAAGGCACUCUUCAACAAUGAACUCAACACCAUAACUCAUGAAGGGAAAGUUCAUAAGCUCACCCUUAAAAAUCUGGCACCUAAGGAUGGGGGUACUAUCACUGUUCAGGUCCGCAAGUUAAAGGAGUCUGUCACGCUUAAGGUUAAAGAAAAGCCUGCCCUGUUUCUUAAGUCUCUGGAUGAUGUUGUGGGUGAGGAGAAAGGCUCCAUCACCCUGGCAUGUGAGGCAUCCAAACCCAGGGUUUCUCCCACAUGGAGAAAAGAAGGCAUGGUGCUGAAGGCUGGACCAAAAUAUGAAUUCCUUCACACGGGCAAAUCUCUGGGGCUGAUCAUCAAAGAUGUGACCAAAGACGACGCCGGGGAGUACACUUGCGAUCUUGGAACUGAAGUAUCUAAAGCAAAGGUCACCGUCAGAGAAAUCGGCAUUGGAAUCACAAAAUGGCUUAAGUCCACUGAGGUGAACGAGGGAGAAACAUGCAACUUCGAGUGCAUCCUGUCUCGUGAGAGCACAGAUGAGUGCACCUGGACAAUGAGCGGCCGAGCCAUUACCACCGGAGGCCGCUUUAAAGUUAGCAGCAAAGGGCGGAAAUACAUGCUGACCAUCAAGGAUGUUACCCUUGCUGAUUCAGGAGAAGUUGUCUUUAGUAUUAAAGAUCUGACCACCAAAGCAACGCUGACUGUUGAAGGAAAAGCUUCAUCACUUUCAAAAGAACUGGAGAAUGUCAGUGUGUUUCGAGGUGAAAAUGCUACUUUUACCUGCGAGGUGACACAAAUGAACUCUCUUGUCAAAUGGGCAAAAGAGGGCAAAGCAAUAAGGAAAAGCCAGAAGUAUGACAUCAUCAGAGAGGAGAGCAUCAUGAAGCUGGUCGUCUUCAACGUCAGCACUCAAGACUCGGGAGAUUACAGUUGUGAGGUUGUCGGAGGGGCAACCACAAAGGCCAGGCUUGAGGUUAAAGAGCCAAUCCAUAAAUUCACCAAAGAACUUAAGGACAGCAAAGCAGAUGAGGAUACGUCUGUGACCCUGCAGUGCGAGACGGCUCAAAGCCCAUCAGCAGUAACGUGGCUCAAAGGACACACAGAGCUCAAGGCUGGCGGUCGAUACGAGAUGAGCCAGAAGGAGGGCAUCUUAUCUCUUACCGUCAAACACCUCCAGGAAGACGACACCGACAUCUACACUUGUGAUGUGGGAACUGCCAAGAGCAUGGCCAAGGUGACCGUUAAAGUCCUGCCUGCCAUUUUCAAAGAAAAACUACAAAAUCAGGACGUGAAAGAAGGAGAGAUUGUGACUCUUCGCUGUGAGCUGUCAAAGCCUGCAGGCAACAUUCAGUGGCGGAAAGGCUCCGAAAUUCUCACUGCUGGAGAGAUUUAUGAAAUAAAGCAAAAGGAGACCUCUUGUGAGCUGCGCAUUAAAAGAGUGAAGCUGGACCAUAGUGGGGAGUACUUUUGUCUAUGUGGGGACCAGAAGACAUCAGCAACAGUAAAAGUGAAUGCAUUACCGCCGUCCUUCACGGUGCAGCUGCAGAGUCAAGAAGCUGACGAAGGAGCUAACAUUACUCUCCACUGUGAGACUUCUAAACCUUUAGUUCCUGUGGAGUGGAAAAAGGGACAACAGAUUCUUACGUAUGGAGAAAAAUACCAGAUGAAGCAGCAGGCAUGUGUGAAUGAACUCCUCCUCAGCAAAGCUGUGCCUGAAGACAGUGGAGAGUACAGCUGUGUGUGUGGGGAACACACAACCAUGGCCUGUGUUAAGAUAAAGGCCUUACCAGUAAGCUUCACAAAGAAACUGCAAAGUCUGGAGGCCGAAGAGGGAUCCAGGGUUACACUACGCUGUGAGACAUCAAAACCUGAAGUCGCAGUGGAGUGGAAGAAAGGAAGACAGGUGCUGAAGUCUGGAGAAAAGUACCAGAUGAAGCAGCAUGUGUGUGUCAAUGAACUCAACAUCAGCCAAGCGGUGCCAGAAGACAGUGGGGAGUACAGCUGUGUGUGUGGAGAGAACAACACUGAAGCGUUCAUAACUAUUAAAGCCCUACCAGUGAUCUUCAGUAAGAAGCUGCAGAAUCAAGAGGCCGAAGAAGGAUCUAGUAUUACUCUUCGGUGUGAGACCUCUAAACCUGUAGCUCCAGUGGAGUGGAAAAAAGGACGACAGGUGCUAAAUUCAGGGGAAAAGUACAAGAUGAAGCAGCAGGCAUGUGUUAAUGAGCUCCACAUCAGCCAAGCAAUGCCAGAAGACAGUGGGGAGUACAGCUGUGAAUGUGGGGAGAACAAUACAGCAGCUAGCCUCACCAUUAAAGCCCUACCAGUGAUCUUUACAAAGAAACUGCAGAGCCAGGAGGCUGAAGAGGGAACCACUGUUACUCUUUGCUGUGAGACAUCCAAAUCUUCAGUCCCAGUAGAGUGGAAGAAGGGAAGACAGGUUCUGAAAUCUGGUGAAAAGUACCAGAUAAAGCAACAGGCCACUGUGAAUGAACUCUUCAUUCAUAAAACAACAGAGGAAGACAGUGAAGAAUACAGCUGUGUGUGUGGAGAAAACGACACUGCAGCUAAGGUCACCAUUAUUGUCCAACCAGUGACCUUCACAAAGAAGCUGCAGAGUCAGGAGGCCGAAGAGGGAUCCAGUGUUACUCUUCGCUGCGAGACCUCUAAACCGUUUGUCUCUGUGGAGUGGAAGAAGGGAAGACAGGUCCUCAAGUCUGGAGAAAUAUACCAGAUAAAGCAGGAAGCAACUGUGAAUGAACUCUUUAUUCAAAAAGCAUCAGAAGGAGACAGCGGAGAAUAUAGCUGUGUGUGUGCAGAUGAUAAAACAACAGCGGGUAUCAAAAUCAAAGUACUUCCGGUCGUACUACUCCGAGAAGUGGAAAGCCAAGAAUCUGAUGAAGGAGGGUGUGUUACUCUGCUCUGUGAGCUUUCUAAGCCAGGACUUUCAGUCGAGUGGAAGAAGGGAAGCCAACUCCUGAGUUGUGGAGAAAAGUACCAGAUGACACAAAGUGGAUUUCGUUAUGAACUACAGAUCUCUGAUUUGAGACCUUGUGACACGGGAACAUAUUCUUGCUCCUGGGAGGACACAUCAAGCUUUGCCUCCCUUAAAGUGAACGCACUCCCAGCCACUUUUACAAAAGUGCUAGAAGACCAAACGGCUGAUGAGGGCCAAAGUGUUUCUCUGCAUUGUGAGCUCUCCAAACCUGGCGUUCCUGUUGAAUGGAGGAAAGAAGAACUUGGCCUUUGUCCAUGUUCCAAAUAUGACGUUAUACAGACUGAGCACACCGCCCUGCUAGUAAUCCAUGACAUAGACAAAGACGACACAGGGUUUUACACGUGCGACACUGGUUUUCAUCAGAGCACAGCACGCGUGGAUGUGAAGGCCCAGCCGGUGCUUUUCAAAACCCAACUGCAGAACCUUGAGAAGCAGGCAGGGGAGAGUGUUGUUUUCCGCUGUGAGACCACAAAGCCUGGGGCUAGAGUGAUCUGGAGACAUGGUGAUAGGGUGCUAGCAUCCAGCAGCAAGUAUCACCUAAAGCAGACAGGGACGGUAGUCGAGCUCGUUAUCUAUAAAUUGCAGAGAGCGGACUCAGGAGAAUACAUCUGUGACACGGGCAGUCACAAGACCUCAGCAACCCUUGUUGUGCAGGAAGUGGAAGUGUCCAUAGUGAAAUUCUUGGAGAGCUGCGUCGUAAGCGAAGGCGAAGACGUCUUCUUUGAGUGUGUAGUCUCACAUAAGGACACACCACCACCUCAAUGGAAACUUCAAGACAUCCCGCUCCAGAGUAACGAAAUGAAUGUUAUUAAGACAGAUGGUUGCACACACAGCCUCACGCUUCGAGGCGUUACAGCAGCAGACUCUGGCACGGUCACUUUUUCAAUGGGCACCCACACAUCCACGGCCUCUCUAACUGUCAGAGCCGUGCCUGUUUUUUUCAAGAGGACCCUAAACAGCCAGGAGGGUAUCGAGGGUGGAAGAGUCACUAUGACCUGUGAGACCUCCAAUCCUGACUGCAGGGUCUCCUGGUGGAAAGGCUCAACUCUGCUUGCCCACGGCGAGAAAUACAGCAUCGAACAGAUCACUGCCACUCACUCUCUUACUAUUAACAAGCUGAAACCAGAGGAUUGUGGGGAGUAUAGCUGUGACGUGGGUGACAAGAAAAGCACUGCUACUGUCAGUGUAAAAGAGAACGUGCGCAUUCUGCGAGAACUGCGCGACAUUACCGUACAAACCGGCCAGGAUGCUGUCUUCGAGGUGGAGCUGUCUCACGCUGGUGUAACUAAUGGGGAGUGGUGGCUCGGGGACAAUCUCCUCCAGAACAAUGAUCUGAAUCAAAUGAGCAGCGACGGCAGAGUGCACCGCUUGGCCCUGAAGAUGGUGACCACCGAUGAAUCAGGAGAUGUCGCCUUCGUAGUGGGUGAAGAAAAAAGUGUCGCUUGUCUGCUGGUGGAAGAGAAGCCCAAAGUGAUGAUCAUAGAGAAGCCACAUAAUACAGUGGCAUUAGAGGGUGAAACUGUCACUCUGGCCUGCACCAUCUCGGAUCCCAAGGUGACUGUGACCUGGCUGCGAAACAACACGGCCAUCAAAGCGGGUCUGAAGUAUGACUUGAAAGAGAAUGGAGCAUUCCAGCAACUUCGCAUCCACAACGUGGCACCCGAGGACGCAGGGACAUAUACCUGUGAAACUGGAGAUGAUCAUUGUAACAUCACACUUGCUGUAGAAACUGCCCCAGCAUUCUUUAAGAAGGAACUGAAGAACCAGGAAGCUGUCGAGGGGGAGGACGUCACUCUCCGCUGUGAGCUCUCCAAGCCGGGUGUCCGUGUGGAAUGGAGGAGAGGUGGCGCCGUCCUUGCGCCUGGUAAGAAGUAUGAACUCUGGCAGGAAGGGUGCGUUCAAGAACUCCGUAUACGGAACCUGGAUCCAGAGGACAGUGGUUACUACACCUGUGAUGCAGGGGAUCAGCUCACUACUGCUUCUGUGACAGUGCAAGUGAAAGAGGUCUACAUUCUAUGCGGUCUUAAGCCCAUCGACGUUUUUGUUGGGGAAUGGGCGACCUUCUCUUGUCAGCUGUCGGGCCAGGCGCCCGGCAAAGUGCAGUGGUGGCUGGAUGGCACUUUGCUGAAGAGCAGCCCAGUUUGCGAGAUAGGCGUGAACGAGGGUCACGUCCACACACUCACCUUUAAGAACCUGGCCACCGAUGACUCGGGCACUGUUAUGUUCAAAGCUGACAGUUUAACCUCAGCAGCCAAGCUCCUUGUCAAAGAUCCCACGGUCGAAGUGGUGAACGACAUGGAGGACCUUAGGGUGGUCGAGAACCAACCGGCCGAGUUCAUCUGCCAGUUCUCGAGGCCGGUGAAGGCCGUGUGGAAGAGAGACGGGCAGCCAUUGCAGCCUGAUGGUCGCAGGGUGGUAGUGGAGCAGGACUGGACUGUGGCUCGCUUGUACAUUAGCCGCGUGUGUGCCGGAGACAGGGGAGCAUACUCCUGUGAGGCAGAGGGGACCCGUGUGGUUGCUUCGCUUCAUGUGGAAGCCAAACCCAUCAACAUAGUCCAAGGAUUGGAGAAUGCGGAAACCUUUGAUGGAGGAGAAGUUUUGUUUGAGUGUGCCUUGUCUCGCCCAGAGAACAAAGACUGUCAGUGGCUUCUUGAUGGCAAACCAGUGAAGGAAUCACCCAAUGCGGAGAUUGUGUCUUUUGAGAGUGGUCGCAGGCACCUGCUCCUCCUCAAAGAGCUGCGCAUUAGUGACAGUUGCACAGUUACCUUCAGAGCAGGAACAGCAUCCACAUCUGCCGAGCUGUCCGUCAAAGGCUGGCAGCUGGGCGUGGUGAAGCACUUGGAAGACGCGGUGGCUGCAGUUGGAGAGAGGGUAGAGUUUUCCGUUGAACUGACCGAGCCUGUGCCUGUAGCAGAGGUCGUUUGGUACGCCAAUGGCGUGGAGCUCAAGACUGGUGACCUGUGGAUCACCAGGAAUGACGAAUGUCGCUAUCGCCUUAUCUUGAGACAGGCUCCGUUGAUGCCCCAGCAGGAAAUCACGUUUGCAGCCCGAGAUGCUCUUUCUAUGGCCAAGCUCUCCAUUAUUACUGUACCAGACCCUCCUGAGGACCCAGAGGUCCUUAGCAAGACCAAACAGUCUGUCACCCUUUCGUGGUUCACUCCCCUACAUGAUGGAGGAAGUCCCAUUUUGGGCUACAAAGUUGAGUUGAGGCUUGCAGAAAGCACUCUCUGGCUUCCAUGCCAUUCCACUCCCGUGUGCAACACAGAGUUUGUAGUGGAAAAUCUCACUCAGGGCACUGGCUACAGAUUUCGAGUGGCGGCCAUCAACAGAGCUGGCAAAGGAGAGUCUGUUGAGCUUCCUCAGACUUUGCUGCUCGAAACUGAAGUAAAAGAAAUAGAGUCAGAGCAACUAGGACAGCCAAGUCUCCCUCCCGAGGCUGCUGAAGAAGGAGAUCUCCAUGAAUUGUGGGAGGCCUCAACUAAGAAAAGACGCAUGAGUCGUGAGCCCACUCUAGACUCCAUUACUGAACACCCAGAGGAUGGUGGUAAAGGUGGCCAAAAGAAAACGGAGCAGGAUGAGAGCAGUGCCUCAGAGAAGGUCGAGCUGAAAUCUGCGGAGAACGAGCAGGCCAAGAAACAGACCGUGUCUAAAUUGUACACCAGCUUGGAAAAGACCGGUUCUGGUGAUUCUUCACUUGUGUCCUACCUUAAGAACAGCCAGGUUCAGACUUCUGCCACAGUUGUGACUUCUGAUGACCAGACACAAGCCACCGAACGCUUCUUUAAACACUUCCAGAUGUCAGACCAAAAAAUAACUACAGUUCAACGGACUGAAACAAAACAGGUGUUGACACAUGUGACAGACAUUCCGGAUAUCAGCAAAGAAGAUGAGCCUGAACUCAGAGAAGCAGCCAUCAAGAUCCAAGCUGCCUUCAAAGGCUACAAGGCGCGCAAGGACAUGCGCCCUGUUUUCAAGGAGGUUUUCAAAGACCAGACUAAAGAGCCUAAUGGCACAAUACAUCUGGAGUGUGUGGCAGAAGGGAAACCUGACAAUGUGCGUUGGCUGAAAGACGGAGAGCUGCUGUCCGACAGCAAACAUCAUCACAUUGACAUCUACAACGAUGGCACAUGUUCACUGGUCAUCACUGCUAUUACCACCAAGGAUACAGGCAUGUAUACAUGCGAGGUCACCAAUAAGUUUGGAGUUAUCUCUCACAGUGCUAAGGUCACUGUGGGAAUGGCGAGAGAAUCAUCUGGGCGGCGCCCGCUUACAGUUGGCUACAGCGCUGACAGCGAGCCAGACAGUUCGUCAGGUAGUGAGAUGGACGAGUCACUGAGACAAGCCAGCAGGCGCCUCCGUCGGUUGCUGCGUACUCGCCUCCCGCCAGAUGUGGAGGAAGAACCUUUCGUCAGUGCAGAUGAAGGAGACCUCCCACCACCGGAUCCUCAUUCUUACCGCGAGGACGACACAUAUAUUUACAUCCGCUUCGACACAUGGUCAGAGGCGGAGGUGGCAUCGAAAAGGUUCCAGGAGAUGUUUACGAUUCAUGGAGUCCCAGUGGAAACAACCAUCUUGGAGGCCGGACAUCUCAAAGUGGAGUUGCGGAUACGAAAGAUGGGGUAUAGUCAAGAUGGCACGGAAACACCCACUCAAGAAAAACAAGCUCCUGCGUUCCUGUCUGGAGCUCCUGCUGCUCCAGUCUUCUUGACAGAAUUACAAAAUCAGGAUGUACCCGACGGCUAUCCGGUCAGCUUUGAUUGUGUGGUAAUUGGCAAGCCUUCCCCAACCGUCCGCUGGUACAAAGAUGGCAAAGUACUGGAAGAGAACGACCACUACAUGAUCAAUGAGGACCAAGAGGGCUGCCAUCAGCUUAUAAUUACUGCUGUGCUUCCCACUGACAUGGGUGUCUACCGUUGCACGGCGGAAAAUAACAGCGGCAUCGCAGCCACAAGGGCUGAACUCAGGGUAGACGUGUCUUGCAGCUCUGAUUAUGACACAGCGGCUGAUGCUACUGAAACAUCAUCUUACAUCAGUGCCAAGGGCUACUUGUCUAGGGAGACUGAGACCUUUGAGUCAGUGACAGAGGAUGAUCAGUUGCCACAAAUCAUGGAGGAACUCCAUGAUGUUCACGCCAGUCCGGGUUCACCAAUGGCGAAGAUGCAGCUCAGAGUAAAAGGUUUCCCCAAACCAAGAGUGUACUGGUUCAAAGAUGGUCACCCUCUGCGUGCCUCUGAAAGAGUUCUGCUUUCCGCGCAGCAGGACGUUCACAAUCUGGAGAUCCUGGAGGUGAAAAAAGAGGACAUGGCGGAAUACUCAGCCUACAUCAGUAAUGUGGCUGGUUCUGCUUACUCUUCCGCGCGACUCAUUGUGUUAAAUCCAGGGGAGAUCAUCCCUCAAGAUCUAAAAGUCUCCCAUGAGUCAUUGGUGCCGCCGCGGUUCUUGGAAAAGUUCAGCAAUAGAAAAGUUAAACAAGGAACCAGCAUCACAUUAUCAGUCAAAGUAGAAGGAUCUCCCACGCCGAUGGUCUCAUGGCUAAAGGAGGAGUCGAUGGAGGAUGUGCUGUGGAUCAAGCCUGACACCAAAGGAUACAAAGUAGCAAGUUCAGGCCGCCAGCAUAGCCUCAUCUUGAUGGAUGUGGGAACAGAGUACUCUGGUGCCUAUACUUGCAUUGCCACUAACAAGGCAGGACAGUCCAUCUGUACCGCCCACCUGGAGGUGGAUGACACUCCACCGCAAAAGAAAGACAGCAAAACUUCUGAAGUUCUUGGAAUCACUGUCAGUCCACCAGAGGAAGAAGCAAAGAGGUCAAAGGAGGGUAAAAUGCCUUACCUUGGUGAAGUCGGUUCAGAGGAAUUCCUCAUGAAGCUCACCUCCCAGAUCACUGAGAUGGUAUCAGCCAAGAUUACACAAGACAGCACACAGAAUCAGGAAGUGCUCCAGUGGAUGAAAUCUUGGCCCAAAACUACCACUUCGUUGCGUGUACCAGGCGCCGAUAGUGACGAUGAGACCAAGACCCCUUCAGCUUCUCCUCAUCAUGGUCGCUCCCGUCCCGCGUCCCUUGUGGCCGACUCCUCGUCCGAGUCUGAUGAGGGGGACGCAAGGGGAGAGAUGUUCGACAUCUACGUGGCGACAGCCAACUACGACCCCACUGUAGCGAGCAAAGAAUCCAUCUCUCUGAAGGAGGGGCAAUACGUGGAGGUGCUAGACUCGGCCCACCCGCUCAAAUGGCUCGUCCGGACCAAACCCACCAAGACGACGCCGUCCCGCCAAGGCUGGGUGUCGCCUGCCUACCUGGACAAAAAACUCAAACUAUCUCCUGAUUCGGGCGACCUUCCUGAAAUGAACAUAGAGGAGGUAUCUGAGGGAGAAUACAAGAAGAAGUUGUUCCAGUUGAUCCAGGACAUAAUCAGCGGUGAAGCGGAGUUCGUCAAAGAGAUGGACUUCUUCACGUGUCAUCACGUGAGGCAUUCAGAAUCUCCUGAUGCACCAGCUGACAUCAGCAGCCAGAGGGAGGCCAUCUUCAGGAACAUUGUGGACUUAAAUGACUUCCACAGCAGGGCUUUUCUCCCAAAGCUAAAUGAUUGUGAGACAGAUGACGAUGUGGCCAUGUGCUUCCUAAAGAAUAAAGAAGGAUUUGAGAAGUACCUCCAGUAUCUUGUAGGUCAAAGCCAGGCUGAAAGUACCAUCAGUGACAAAAUGGUACACCACUUCUUCAAGGAGUACACAGAGAAGGAGCAAGCCAGUGCCGACCCUGCUGACCCGCCUAUUCGCAGCCUCAACGCUUACCUCCAGCAACCUUUGGACAGGAUUCAGAAGUACAAGGCCUUUAUCAAGGAGCUUAUUCGGAACAAGGCAAGAAAUGGACAGAACUGCUGUCUGCUGGAAGAAGCGUAUGCUAUGGUGUCGGCGCUGCCUCAACGCUCAGAAAAUACCCGCCAUGUCUCACUGAUUGAGAACUACCCUGCCACGCUUGAAGUAUUAGGAGAACCUCUUAGACAGGGACCUUUCCAAGUUUGGGAGGGAGCUCCUGGAAUAAGGACGUCCUCACGAGGUCACCAUCGCCACGUCUUCCUCUUCAAGAACUACUGCAUCAUCUGCAAAUCGAAGAGAGACAGCAACACUGACACGCAAACAUACAUCUUUAAAAACAUGAUGAAGUUGAACAACAUUGAUGUGAACGAGACAGUGGAGGGCGAUGACCGCGCCUUUGAGAUCUGGCAUGAACGUGAAGAUUCGGUGAGGAAAUACACCUUGCAGGCUCGGACCGUGAUCAUCAAGAAUUCGUGGCUAAGAGAUCUCAGAGAACUUCAGCAGAGAUACAGCAUGUCUGCCUGGAGUCCUCCUGACUUUGUAGAAAUUCUAGCAAAUUGCACUGCUGAGCUUGGGCAGACUGUUAAGCUCGCGUGCAAAGCUACAGGUGUCCCCAAACCUGCCAUCUCCUGGUACCAGGACGGACGCUUAGUGGAGGCAGACCCGCAUCACAUCAUCAUCGAGGACCCCGACGGCUCUUGUACACUCAUCCUGGAUAACAUGACGGCAGAGGAUUCAGGCCAGUACAUGUGCUUUGCCACGAGCUCAGCAGGCAAUGCGAGCACGUUGGGAAAGAUCACUGUACAGGUCCCUCCACGGUUUGUCAACAAAAUGAGGAAUGCUACGUGUAUCACGGGUGAGGAUGCUCAGUUCACCUGUGUCAUCCAGAGCGCCCCGAGUCCUAAAAUCAGAUGGUUUAAGGACGGCCGUCUGCUGAGUGACCCGGAAAAGUACCAGACCUACAGUGAACUCCGCAGUGGAGUUUUAGUCUUGGUUAUCAAAAACACCACUGAGCGGGACCUGGGACACUACGAGUGUGAGUUGUCCAACCGUCUGGGUAGUGCAAGAUGUGCUGCUGAUUUAGUUCCUCCUUCUGCUGUCGGCACUGCUGAACAAGCCAUUGUUCUUGAAGUUACCGAACAGGAAACAAAAAUUCCCAAAAAAACUGUCAUCAUUGAAGAGACAAUCACCACGGUGGUCAAGAACCCGCGAAUGAGGAGGCACAAGUCUCCUGGCAUGAGCAUCACUGGAGCCCACCGUUCGGAGAUAACCACCUCUGAGACCUCCACCACCACCAGGACCAAGAGGGUGGGCGGUCCCAGGAAAAGCACAGUGCCAACAUUCUAUAUCACAGAGGCUGAGGGUGCAGCAGGUGCCAGUUCUCGUGUUGUUGAGAGCAAGCCCAACUGGGUUGAGGUGGAGGAGGUGAUCGAGUAUAAGGUCAAUAAGUCUCCCAGGCUGUCUAGAAGGCGGGGAGUGUCACCAGCCAUCUCGGACCGGUCCACCACUCCAUCCAGACCCAAAAGAUCGCCUCCGGAGAACCCGAAUGCAAACAAUUCCAACAAUAAUCUGGUUGAGCUGGGAAGCAGCGCCGGUGGCCAGACACUCUCCUGGGAGGAUGAGGAAGUUCCCUCUAGUUCAGGAGAUCCCCAUGAGCUCUCAUCGGUUCUGACCACACCUGAAAUGAGUCGUGAAGACCUGGGGGAUCCGCAAAGUGUCGUCUCUGAACCCAAUGACAAUGAAGACCUUUGCGGAAGAUGUGAAGCAAAGACACUAACAGGUGGAGGUCGUAUUAUAGCGCUGGAAGACUUGGAAGAUUAUGUCCCAGAGGAAGGAGAAUCUUAUGGAUCAACCAGCUACAGGUCUGCCGAGAAGCCCUGUGAGAUCUCCGUGCUCCAGAGGGAGGUCGGCGGCUCCACUGUGGGACAACCGGUGCUCCUCAAUGUGGGACGACCCAUCACGGCCCCGAGGCCGAGGAGCGGAUUCUUUGCUCGCUUCAGAGAUCAUCUAGCCAGCAGUCUUUUCUCAUCCAACACAGCACGAGCAAGUGGUGCCCAGUCGGAAAAACGUGUCCCCAUUCAAGUUAGCAAGGCAAAGCUAGAGGUGAAGCCUUCUUAUUGCUCUGAGGUGCAGAGAGUGGAAGGAGGCCGACAGAGCUUUAAAACCAAAAUUUCCACUCAGACAUACGGCUACACACCUGUUGGAAACCCGGUCACCCUUCAAAUUAGUGAAAAUCAGAACCAGUAACUUUGAAUUCUCUUCACCACAAACCUCCUUAGUCUUAAACAGCCUUGAUUUGAGUCCUAUCCUAACGUUCAAUAUAUUUACAGCUAUGAACAAACCAUUCCAUAUGACAAAAUAAUGUUCUUGUUUCAGUUGGAUGGUUUAACGACAAUCUAACAGUUUUGGGUUUGGUUUAUUCAAAACAAACUGUGGACCAGAAACAUUUUUGUUUCUGUAACUGACAUAAAACAACAGAACACUUGACUCGAGGGGCAUGGUACCGAUCAACAUCACAAAUUCUUUCAAUUGCUGAUUAGAAGCAAUUACGACAUUAAAACCACCAAUGACUGGGAGAAAAAAAAAACUCAUGGAGGGACAAAGAAGUUUAGUUGAUUAAUCAUUAACCCAUACGUUUUAUAGCUAACAUUUAGGUACGACUUACUGAUACUUUGUAUUAAAAAAUGUAUGUCUUUGCGUAGAUUUGAUGAGGUAAUACUGCCAACAGUUAUUUUGAAAAGUUGAGUGACUUGACUAGAUAUCGAUUUAACUAAAUCAUUGCUGUGAUUAUCAUGUUACUAGUGCAAUGACAAAAUCUGUUCAUGUGGUGCAAUGAUGUGAGUCACAGGGUCAUUUAGAUGACUGACUGCAUGUACAGUACUUGCUUUUCCCCAAAAUUAGUAUUUAAUCAGGACGUUUAAAAGAAUUAAAGUCCUCUUCAAUUAGGUGCUGUCAUGUAUUUUGGUACCAUGACACUCUCGAAACAUUGCAAUGGCUUUACUGUAAAUGUUAUUUUUUGAAUGAAAAACAUGUUUCAAAUGUGUUCACAUCUUAAAUAUUAAAAAA